ACUUGGUUUUGAAGCCUCUCGUAUUUUUCGUUUUUUUUUUUACUCCGUGGAAUGUAAUGGUGUCGGAAACAAGUGAAAUUUAAUGAAAUUGUGAUGGGAAAUGGUCGAAUGUGGUUUGGCUUUUUGAUCCUUAUGACAUUGGCCGCUUUCGGUCACGGAAGGCAGCCGAGGCGAAUACAUCGACCAAGGCUUGUAGAUCAACAACAAACAAACAUUGCACCAGCCGGCGAUUUUCCAUUUGCCAAAAGCAUAAGAGACAGGAAAAAUGAUUUCGAAAACCCCAAAAAGUCGCGAAUCCUUGCAAGACAGGUGUCUAGUCCAUCUUCGUUGUCUUCACCUGAGUCUGAACCUCCUUCAGUACAUCCGGAAGCGGAAAAAGAAGCGGAAGCGGAAACUGAGGCGGAGUCCUGGCCCGAGGCCGGCCCAGAAUGGUCUAUUGCAUUCAAGGAAUGGGGCGGAGCUUGGGAAUUUCAUGUCUAUUUCUUUGCGUUAGUAUUUCUGGGCUAUGCUCUUUAUUCUGCAUUUUUCAUUGUAACUGGACUGUACACAGGGCUGAAUCAAAAGUACCUUGGCUUCUCUUUAAACGUGAUGAUGUUUAUUCUGGGCUUCACACGGAUGUUUGUGUUGUUUACAGAUCCGUAUCACCAAGGAGACCUAAUACACAACGCGGUUGCAAUGCGCGUCUUGUGGUCGCUUGGUAGUCCGUGUCUUACCUCAGCUGAUUCUCUAGUUAUUCUCGUUCUGAUCGAAACUGCUAAAAUUUCCCUGGCUCCUCAAAAGAUGCAAACAUUUGGAACUAUCAUCAAAAUCAUUAUAGCGCAUUUCAUUCUUGUGUUGACAAGUGAUUUUGUCGUGUCGGAGUUUAUGGAAGCUAAAGCCAUGCUCCUUCUCUGCCAGAUAGUUUACAUUGUGUGGGGCUCAGUGCUUGGUAUUGGAUACUGCAUCCUUGGAUAUAAACUUGGUAAAAAGCUUUACGGUCACACGGAGGUCAAGGACAAGAGAGCAUUGCUCUACAUCCGGUUAAUUUACGCCUCGGGUGUCAAUAAUCUUAUCCUUUCUGUCAUGUAUAUCUACUCCAGCGCUGGAGUUUUUGGUGUUUAUUCCAAUGUGAAGUAUAUUGAAGCUUGGUCGUGGUGGUCGGUUCAAACGUGUUAUCGUCUCAGUGAAGUGUUAUCUGGGAUACUGGUCUUCACAGUCAGCGCCAAGCGAAAGAGCAUCAAAAGACAAAUAAAUCACUCGUUAGAAGGUGAUGGUUUAGAUGACGAUACUGCGCAGCCAGUAUUCACACAGAGAAUGAAUUAUGAAAUAUCCAACGCUCUUAGAAAUAUAGUUUAUAUGAGAUUUCUUACAAUGGAAGAAGAUCGACAAACAACCAUGUUAGAAGACUUACAAGAGUCGAAACGCGCAGCAGCGAUGUAUAUCACGCGCGCAGAAAUGAAUGCACAGACAUACACACAAACACAAGCGCCUGACGCACAGAAAAAAGCUGAGAGUAUGUUAGAAUAUUUGCACGACGCAAGUCUUGAAGCAAACGACGCGAUUGUGCGCGCCUAAACGUAUGCACGGGAAUCAUGAAGAUCAUGAGACGACAUAAAGUAUCGACAGAAGAAUUGUGCAUUGCUGCUUUUGAUUUGUUUCUGUGCAAGGACUAAAAAGGAUUCAUCGUUAUAUGCCUGAAAUUUCCUCGUUUACUUGCGAAGAUUAAUGGGAGAACUCAUACUGCGCUUUUUCAAGUCUCUCCUUCGAUUACGCUUGCUUUCUAUUUUUCUACUUUUUCUGAUAACUUUCUACGAAUGUAUAUUGGAAGA